CACACUCACACUCAACAAAGUUGAAUUCAACUUUAAAACAUUACUGUUGUGAUUUAUACAUGGAGAAACAGUUAAAAAACUAGGAAUUACCUUACAAUAAAUAUAUAUAUAUUUUUCAAGCAUUUUUUUUCUAUACAUGCUAAUCUGUGCCCGUUGGUGACGUCAUGGAACAAAACCAGCAUGGAGAGUGGGCGUGGCUUAGGCGGCCUCGUUCUGAUUGGUCCGCUGAGCGGCUCCUGUCUUCCUCCUCAGUGAUCCAUCAAAGCGGUUCGGUGCGGGUUCUGCUGCAUGUUCCCUGUCAGCUCACCGUGUUCUGUGACUCUGAGAACUCUUUUCCCAGCAUGAUGACAACUCUUGAUCAAACCAAGGAACUGUUCAGGAGAGCAGAUGCGGUCUGCUUCGACGUGGACAGCACAGUCAUCAAAGAAGAAGGCAUCGAUGAACUUGCCAAGUUCUGCGGCGUUGGGGACACCGUCAGAGAGAUGACUCGGAAAGCCAUGGGGGGCUCGGUGACAUUCAAGAAGGCCCUCACGGACCGCCUGUCCACCAUCCGAUGUUCCAGAGAGCAAGUAAACAAACUGAUAACCGACCACCCGCCUCAGCUGACUCCAGGCAUCAGGGAGCUCGUGGACCGUCUGCAUGCGCUCAACAUAAAGGUGUUCCUUGUUUCAGGUGGCUUCCGCUGCAUCGUAGAGCACGUGGCGGCUCAGCUCAAUAUUCCUCUGCAGCACGUCUAUGCCAACCGCCUCAAGUUCUACUUCAACGGAGAGUAUGCGGGUUUUGACGAGACUCAGCCGACAGCUGAGAGUGGCGGGAAAGGAAAAGUGAUUAGCAUGCUGAAGGAGCAACACGGCUUCAAGACGGUUGUGAUGAUUGGGGACGGGGCCACCGAUCUGGAAGCUUGUCCCCCAGCUAGUGCCUUCAUUGGAUUUGGCGGCAAUGUGGUGAGGCCACAGGUCAAAGAGAGAUCUUUGUGGUUCGUGACGAGUUUCGGGGAGCUUCUAAAGGAGCUGGAGAAAAUUUAGAGAUAAUGAAAGAAAAUAAAAAAAAAAUAGUAAUUUAACCUUUUAUAUUUGCACCCAAAGGGUGUGCCGAGAGUAGUUUUAACUACUGCACACUUUAUUUUUCCUCAGACUAAUAGCUUUUUAUAAUGACUGCUUUGUUUUACUGAAGUUAAAUUGUGCCAGAAAAAAACUGUCAUUGAUUUUUAUACUAAAAUACUAAAAAGAAACAGGAGGAAAGAACUGAAGUAGUUUUUGCACAUUUCACAACAAAACCUCGACAUAAGUUAGUCCUUUAUGGCACGAUGUGUUACCAACUUGUCAAGGAGAACCUGCAAUAAAGAUGAGAAAAAA